UAAAGAGGUUUAAUUGGCUCACAGUUCCGCAGGCUUUUCAGGAAGUAUGGUGCUGGCAUCUGCUUCUGGUGCAACCCCAGGAAGCUUAAGAUCAUGACAUAAGGUGAUGGGGAACCAGUGUAUCACAUAGUGAGAGCAGGAGUAAGAGAGAGAAGGGGAGGUCUUAGACUCUUAAAUAACCAGAUCUUGUGUGAACUAAGCAAGAACUCAUCACCAAGGGGAUGGUGCUAAACCAUUCAUAAGGGAUCUGCCCUCACGACCCAAUUACUUCCCACCCGGCCCCACUUCCAACAUUGGGAUCACAUUUCAACAUGAGAUUUUGAGGGGACACACAUCCAAACUACAGCAAAUCCUAUUGGGGGCAGAAAUGAAUCUGCCAUAGAUAGGCCACACCUACUAUGUGCUGACAUGAUACAGGGAGAGGAGUAUCAGGAAUGACUGUUGGGGAUCCCUCUGCCAUUCUCCCAGCAGACAUCCCCAGGAUGAGCUGAGGGGAAUGCAAUGAGCAGGCCAAACUCUUCCCAAGCUGUUUGACCACACCCACCUACCCCAGCACUCUCAGCCCCUGCCUGGUGCCCUGUGCUGAGCUGGGUGAGGCUGGGGAGACUAGUGAGUGAGGGCUGCCCUGCCCUUUAUGAGCCCACAGUCUUCUGGUGGAGGAACACAGCAACUUGGAGUGAUUGGUGUGGAUGAUGCAAAACCAGGGACAUGGGACCCAGAAAUGGCCCGAGCCAGCCUGGAAGGCCUCUGCCCUGGGCCCCAGGUGGCUGUUUGCUGGACAACUCUCCCCGCAGCCUGCCCCAAAUAGCUUAUCUUCGUCCCUGAAAAUGGUGCUCUCGAGUUCUAUCCUUUCUAGAGCGGGUCCUCCCAGGCUUCUCUUCCUGCAUCCUCCUCCAUCCAUCAGUCCUGGAUAAUCAGAGCUCCCGCUUAGUGACACUUUACCGUGGGUGGAGCCCCUCAUUUGAUCCUCAAGCCCCCGAGGUGGGUAUUAUACCUCGUUCGCAGACAAAGGCUCAAGCGAGGUCAGUCUUAAGUUGCUGCCCACUGACCCGUCAACCAGUCCUGUCCUUGCGUCUCCAUGGCUCAGGUCAGGGUUAUCCUAUCUGCUUCCCACCUCUCUCCAACACAUGCACUCCCCAAGGCAGGCUCCAUCACCGGGCCCCAGCCCCUGGCUCUCUCCUCCAACGCGGCUCCCCAGCCGGCCUGUAAAACCCAGGACAGGCUCCCGCCACGCCCUCGGCGGUCCUCAGGCCUUGCCGGUUGGGAAAGCCCGCCAAGGGCGACGGUUCUCCUCCAGCCCCACAGGCUGUGCAGCUCCGGCCAUGAGUCUCCCUCAGGUCUCUGGGUCAGCGGGCGCCCCAGUGCGUGCCUCGGGGCAGGGAUCCCGUCUUUUCACUACUGUUAGUAACAGCUCGCGCGCGCUGCUUCACAGCAGGUUGGUGAGCCUACUUUUAGUCUUCCCAUCGACACCCUUAGAUGGCAGUUGUAACCUCCCUACACACAAGGAGCUGCUAUACAUGGUUCCGGCUUGACGCGGACACCUAGGUGACACUUGGCGGCCAGGCCGGGCAGACUUCCGGGUGGGUGAGCCCUGGCGCUGUGCGCAGCCAUUCGCUGCGUUGAAGCAGUGCGCAUGCGCACUGGACGCUUCUUCCCAGCCUCCUGACUACAAUACCCAGGACGCACCCGGCCCGCCGCCUCUCGGAGCCCUUUUCAAACCGACCAAUCGGAAGCCCGCGUCUCCCGGAGCCGCGUUUAAAUCCGUGCCGGAGGCGCGUCCUGCAUCGUCUGCAGCUUUGGUGACUUCUGACAGCUCUCUCCAUGGAAGGAGGCGGCGGCCGCGAUGAGCCUUCAGCCUGCCGGGCAGGGGACGUGAACAUGGAUGACCCUAAGAAGGAAGACAUUCUUCUUUUGGCCGAUGAAAAAUUUGACUUCGAUCUUUCAUUGUCUUCUUCAAGUGCAAAUGAAGAUGAUGAAGUCUUCUUCGGACCUAUUGGACAUAAAGAGAGAUGUAUUGCUGCCAGCUUGGAAUUAAAUAAUCCAGUUCCCGAACAGCCUCCGUUGCCCACAUCUGAGAGUCCCUUUGCCUGGAGCCCUCUGGCCGGGGAGAAGUUCGUGGAAGUGUACAAAGAAGCUCACUUACUGGCUUUACAGAUUGAGAGCAGCAGCCGGAACCAGGCGGCCCAAGCUGCCAAGCCUGAAGACCCUCGGAGCCAGGGCGUGGAAAGAUUCAUACAGGAGUCAAAAUUAAAAAUAAACCUAUUUGAGAAAGAAAAGGAAAUGAAGAAAAGCCCCACGUCUCUUAAAAGGGAGACAUACUACCUGUCAGACAGCCCCUUGCUGGGGCCCCCUGUGGGCGAGCCUCAGCUCUUGGCCUCCUCCCCGGCCCUGCCCAGCUCUGGUGCCCAGGCCAGCCUCGUCCGGGCACCGGGGCCUCUGCACUCUGCUCAUGCUUUGCCCAGGGAAUCAUGCACUGCUCAGGCUCCAAGUCAGGCAGCGACUCAGAGGAAGCCCGGGACCAAAUUGCUGCUGCCUCGAGCGGCCUCUAUUAGAGGAAGAAGCAUCCCUGGGGCUGCGGAGAAGCCCAAGAAAGAGAUUCCAGCUAGUCCUUCCAGGACAAAAAUCCCAGCUGAGAAGGAAUCCCACCGGGAUGUUCUCCCUGACAAACCUGCCCCGGGUGCUGUCAAUGUGCCGCCUACCGGAAGCCACCUGGGCCAGGGCAAGCGGGCGAUCCCUGUUCCAAACAAGUUGGGGCUGAAGAAGACCCUGUUAAAAGCACCCGGCUCUACCAGCAAUCUCGCAAGAAAGUCCUCCUCGGGGCCUGUUUGGAGCAGGGCAUCCAGUGCGUGCACAUCCCCAGCAGCGGGCAAAGCUAAAUCAAGUGAAUUUGCAAGUAUCCCUGCAAACAGCUCCCGGCCUCUGUCAAACAUCAGCAAGUCAGGCAGAAUGGGACCCGCCAUGCUGCGGUCAGCUCUGCCUGCAGGCCCUGUGGGGGCAUCCUCCUGGCAAGCCAAGCGGGUCGAUGUUCCUGAGCUGGCAGCGGAGCAGCCCAUGGCGCCCCCCUCAACGUCCCCCACCCAACCCCAGACUCCGGAAGGUGGCGGCCAGUGGCUGAACUCCAGUUCCACUUGGUCAGAAUCUUCUCAAUUGAAUAAGACUAGAAGUAUCAGACGGCGAGAUUCCUAUCUAAAUUCCAAGACAAAGGUUAUGCCUACUCCUACAAACCAAUUUAAAAUUCCUAAGUUUUCUAUUGGUGACUCCCCGGACAGCUCAACACCAAAGCUUUCACGGGCACAGCGGCCGCAGUCGUGCACGUCAGUUGGCAGGGUCACUGUCCACAGCACCCCAGUUAGACGCUCAUCCGGGCCAGCACCACAAAGCCUGUUGAGCACACGGCGUGUGUCAGCCUUGCCCACACCCGCCAGCCGGCGCUUCUCUGGCCUUCCACCGAUGACCCCCAAAACGAUGCCCAGGGCCGUGGCCUCUCCCCUGUGUGUGCCAGCUCGGAGACUUUCCUCUGAGCCCCGCAAGAACUCUGCAAUGAGAACUGAACCAACAAGGGAAAGCAACAGAAAGACAGAUUCCAGGCUGAUGGAUGUGUCCCCUGACAGGGGUUCUCCUCCUUCCCGUGUGCCUCAGGCACUUAACUUUUCUCCAGAGGAAAGCGAUUCUACUUUCUCCAAAAGUACCGCCACAGAAGUAGCUCGGGAGGAAGCCAAGCCGGGUGGAGAUGCAGCCCCUAGUGAGGCUCUUCUUGUAGAUAUCAAACUGGACCUACUCACAGUCACUCCAGAUGCUGCAAGCCAGCCCCUCAUUGACCUCCCUCUCAUCGACUUCUGCAAUACCCCAGAAGCAAACAUGGCUGUGGGAUCUGAAAGCAGGCCUCUGAUUGACCUCAUGAUAAACACUCCAGACAUGAAUAAAAAUGUGGCCAAACCUUCACCGGUGGUGGGACAGCUCAUAGAUCUGAGCUCGCCUCUGAUCCAGCUGAGCCCUGAGGCUGACAAGGAGAACGUGGAUUCCCCACUCCUCAAGUUCUAAGCAGAACCAAAUCCUUUGGCUUGAAAGAACAGCCCUAAAGUGGUUUUCAACCCUCAGAAACAAGCUUUAGGCUGGUCGCAGUGGCUUACACUUGUAACCCUAGAACUUGGGAGUCCGAGGCUGAGGUGGGCGGAUUACUUGAGCCCAGGAGUUCGAGACCAGCCUGGGCAAUAUAGUGAGACCCCUGUCUCUACAAAAAAUACAAAAAUUAGCCGGGUGUGGCAGUGCAUGCCUAUAGUCCCAGCUACUUGGGAGGCUGAAGUGGGAGGAUCACGUGAGCUCAAGGAGAUGGAGGCUGCAGUGAGCUGUGAUUGUGCCACUGCACUCCAGCCUGGGCACCAAUGUGAGAACCUGUCUUGGAAAAAAAAAAAAAAAGAAACCUGUUUUAGUAGAAGUUUUAUUUGAAAAAGAAAAGCAUAAAGAUAUUCCCAGUGCUGGAGAGGGUGGGCUGAGGGACUGGGGCCAGCACUGACCACCCAAGGCCUCUGCUUCCCGCCGCUGCCCUCCUCGCUGCCAUUCUCUGGGCUGGAAUGUGAAGCCUCAGUCACUCUAAAUGAAGAAUUUUCUUUUGAAUGUUUUGUAUGUAAAAUAGCAAGUGGCUAUUUUUAAAGUUAAGUUUGUAUAAAUAGUUAAAUAUUCUAGAUUUACAUUAAAUUGUAAAAUAAAUGGACUUAUUGAAGCAUA